GAGGGCGGGUCCCAGCUUCCGUCUGCCUGCUUUAUUUUUGGGUGUAGCUGCAGGGGGGUGUCCGUGUCCCUCCACCAUGAUGAUGAGGAGCAGUGUCAGGCUCCUGCUGCAGCGCAGGGACAUUGUGCGUGAGAGGACAAUCCCUGGUCUGCGGGAGCUCAGCACAGACCCCGCCGCUGCCGCACACAGUGUGGAUAGCCGGCCGUCAGUCUUGGGAAAGAGAUGGAAAGACACUGCAGAGACUGUGAUCAUUGGUGGAGGAUGUGUAGGGGUGAGCCUGGCCUAUCACCUGGCCAAGGCUGGCAUGAAAGAUGUGGUUCUACUGGAGAAAUCAGAGCUUACAGCUGGAUCUACCUGGCAUGCAGCUGGAUUAACUACCUAUUUCCACCCUGGGAUUAACCUAAAGAAAAUCCAUUAUAACAGUAUCAAGCUUUAUGAAGAUCUGGAAGAGGAGACUGGACAGGCUGUUGGGUUCCAUCAACCGGGAAGUCUCAGAAUUGCUUCAACUCCAACACGAGUAGAUGAAUUUAAAUACCAAAUGACGAGGGGCCGAUGGCACCCUAAUCCACAGUAUUUGGUGGGACCAGAGAAAGCGAAAGAGCUGUUUCCUCUACUGAACAUGGAUAAGGUUCUAGCUGGAUUAUAUAAUCCGGGAGAUGGACACAUUGACCCGUAUUCGCUGACCAUGGCCUUUGCCGCAGGUGCCCGAAAAUAUGGUGCCCAGCUCUAUUUCCCAGCACAGGUGACGGCUCUAACACCUCGUCCUGAUGGCACAUGGAACGUGGAAACCCCUCAUGGAACAAUUCAAGCAAAAAGGAUUGUGAAUGCGACAGGAUUCUGGGCUCGGGAGGUUGGGAAGCUGGUCGGAUUUCAACAUCCUCUUAUCCCUGUGCAUCAUCAGUACGUGGUCACUGGAACAGUUCCUGAAGUAAAAGCCUUGAGCAAGGAACUCCCAGUCCUCAGGGACCUGGAAGGUUCAUAUUACUUACGUCAGGAGCGAGAUGGACUUUUAUUUGGUCCUUAUGAGUGUCCAGAAAAAAUGAAGCUACAAGAUUCCUGGGUACAACAUGGAGUCCCACCAGGUUUUGGGAAAGAGCUGUUUGAGUCUGAUCUAGACAGGAUUAUGGUGCAUGUGGAGGCAGCAAUGGAGAUGGUGCCCGUGCUACGGAACGCAGAUAUUAUCAAUAUAGUCUCAGGGCCUAUAACCUACUCUCCAGAUAUUCUUCCAAUGGUUGGACCACAUCAAGGUGUCCGGAAUUAUUGGGUGGCUGUUGGCUUUGGAUAUGGUAUAAUCCAUGCUGGUGGUAUUGGCAAAUUUCUGAGUGACUGGAUCAUUGGUGGAGAACCUCCCUUUGACCUUAUUGAAUUAGACCCAAAUAGAUAUGGCAAAUGGACCACAACAAAAUACACAGCACAGAAAGCAAGAGAGUCGUACGGAUUUAACAACAUUGUUGGCUAUCCUAAGGAGGAGCGGUUUGCAGGAAGACCAACGGAAAGAAUCAGUGGAGUUUAUGAAGAUCUCAAGACCAAAUGCUCCAUGGGUUUCCAUGCAGGGUGGGAACAGCCCCACUGGUUCUUUAAGGCAGGAGACGAUGUAGGAUACAAACCAAGUUUCCGGAGGACGAACUGGUUUGAGCCUGUGAGGCGAGAAUAUAAGCAGGUGAUGGAAAAGGUGGGGGUGAUUGAUCUGACUCCAUUUGGCAAGUUUACUGUAACCGGGAAGGAUGCAGCCAAACUACUGGACCAUAUCUUUGCGAAUGUUCUUCCAAAGGUGGGAUUCACCAAUAUAAGUCACAUGCUGACUCCUCGAGGCCGUGUGUAUGCGGAGCUCACAGUCUCUCACCUGUCCCCGGGGGAGUUCCUGCUGAUCACUGGCUCUGGGUCAGAACUGCAUGACUUCAGAUGGAUAGAAGAGGUUGCGGCACAGGGCGGGUACAAUGUGGAGAUACUGAAUGUGACGGAUGAAGUUGGAGUACUAGGUGUAGCAGGACCUCUAUCAAGACAAGUUCUCCAGAAACUGACAUCGGAGAACCUGAGCAAUGAUGAUUUCAAAUUCCUGCACGGAAGAAGGAUGAACAUCGCUGACAUCCCAGUAACCGCCAUAAGGAUAUCAUACACAGGGGAGCUGGGCUGGGAGCUGUACCACAGGAGACAGGAUACAGCGGCACUGUACCAUGCAAUCAUGCAGGCAGGUGAGGAAGAAGGAAUUGAUAACUUUGGCACAUAUGCCAUGAAUGCAUUAAGGCUGGAGAAAGCUUUCCGAGCCUGGGGAGCAGAGAUGAAUUGUGACACAAACCCGCUGGAGGCAGGUCUUCAGUAUUUUAUUAAGUUAAACAAGCCAGCUGACUUUAUUGGCAAGCAGGCUUUGUACCAAAUAAAGGAGAAGGGACUGCAGCGGAAGCUUGUGUAUCUCACCUUGGAAACGGAUACUGUGGAUCCUGAGGGGAAUGAAAGCAUCUGGCACAGUGGGAAGGUUGUGGGAAACACCACAUCUGGGACUUACAGUUACUGCACCAACCAGAGCCUGGCGUUUGCCUAUGUGCCUAUAAAGCUCAGUGCCGCAGGACAGAAACUGGAGGUGGAACUUCUCGGCAAGCAUUACCCAGCCACUGUAGUAAAAGAGCCCCUUGUGUUCACCGAACCAACCAGAAACCGCAUGCAGCAGAAGGGAGGCAGGGAAUAAAUGUGACUACACACUGUGAUCAUGGGCUCGGGCACCUUCCUGAACUCUGACCUAAAUACUGCUUGUUCCUAGUAUUAAGUAUGAACAUGAACAGAAAGUAUGUAUUUUUAAUAAAUGACUGCAGUCCGUCCACA